AUGAAUAUUAUUGUGAUAACAAUAUCAAUCCUUAUAUCUGUGAUAUGUGUGUUGCUAGUUUUACUUCAACAAUACUACUUUAUUGUCAAUGUCCAUGAAACAUUUACAAUUCAUAAUUUUAAUCCUGAAUUUGAAGAUUUCAUUCCAAAAGAUGUAAGAUCUUCUGAAUUAGGCUACCCCAUUGAGAGUUACAAUAAAGAUUCUGUAGAAAAUUCUAUAUUAAAUGACCUAAGAUCUGCUUUAAAUUUGGAUUCAGAAGAAAGUGGUAGUAUGAACGUUUUAGAUGAUGAUAGAAGACAUACAGACUCUGAAGUUUAUUACACCAUUAGAGCGGCUCUUGCAUUUAAGUUGGCAGGUAAAAAUAAUAAAGCAAUGAAACUCUUUGAACAUGCUAGUGUCAUGGCGCUUGGCAAUGCAGAUAUACUCAAUUGGUAUGGAGAAUUUUUAGAACGACAUAAUGAUAUUGUCACUGCUGAUGAAUUAUAUUGUAAGGCCCUAUCAUAUUCUCCUGAGCAUCGAGCCGCCUUAUCAAAUAAAGAACGCACAACUCCAGUAGUGGACAUGUUGGAUUUAAAAUUAUUUCAUGAAAUAGAGAAAUUAAAAACUAGGUUGAAGGAACGCAUGAAGUUGGAUAACUUUGACAGUGUUAAAAAACAAGCCUAUUAUCUGCAUAUUCACCACACAGUUGGCAUUGAAGGGAAUACAAUGACAGUAGAACAGCUGCGAUAUGUCUUGGAAACAGGUCAUGUAAUAAGUGGAAAAACUCUAUUGGAACACAAUGAGAUACUGGGCCUUGAGAAAGCUAUACAGUAUGUAAAAUUAUUGACUAGAACAAAUUAUAUUAGUAUCAAAAAAAUUUUGGGCAUUCAUAGAAGAGUCAUGGGAUAUGUGGAUCCUAUGAAAUCGGGAGUAUUAAGAGAUACAACGGUAUUUAUUGGUAGCCACGUUUCUUCUCCACCUGACCAAAUUGCAACACUGAUGAAAAGUUACGUGAAAUGGUUGAACUCUGAAGAAGCUCGUAGGAUGCACCCUGGUAUCAGAAAACGCAACACUAACAAAUCUAACAAGGAUAAGCAAGCAAAGCCUUCUGUUAAAAGCGUUAAAACUGAAAAUGGAGACGCUCCAGUCAAUAAUCUAGAGGCCAUCAUCAAAUCCUCUAGCCCAGCAGACGAGAAAUUAGAAGACUGUAAGAAAAAGACGGACCAUGAUGGAUCAGGAGAUGCUCGUGUUUCAGUUGAAGUUUAAAAUAAUUUGUUAGUGCGCGUGUACAGAUAACAACUACACACUUUUCGAUAAAUUAUUGUAUGCUAGGGGUUACACGCGCUUCUAAUUAUUUAUUUUUUUUUAUUUUAUUUUUUUGGUUUGGACUUUUUGUGAAAAGCCAUAUUUCCAUUAUUCUUUUUUUAAAGUUUUAAUAGGAUUUUGCUAAACCAGUGUUUUUAGAUUCAUGGUUAUAGUGAGAUAAUUGUUGAGAAGUGUUUUUUGUUGUUGGUUAAAGUAAGUAUUUUGAAAGGAAUUUUUUAGGAGGAAAUUAGCUCUAGAGUUUUAUCAGAUUUUGUCAUAAGUGACAAGUUUUGAUAAUUGGCUCUAAAUCUAAUUUUUAACUUACUGUAAUCAUAUUUGAAAUUCCCAAUACUUAAACAUUGGUGAUUAUAUUUAAGAUAAAACAAGCCACAGAGACGUUUACCUAUUAUAGAUUAUUACAGGGUCGGAUUUUUUAUUAAGUGACGACACUGGUAUAAAAAAAUCGCGCUGUGUUCAGAUUAGUCGAAUGCGACUGAUUGUUUUUUGAAAAGAGCAUAUUGUAUAUUUUUCUAUGUUUGUUACGCAACUGUUAAUAAUUAUAUUGACUGAGACGGCAUGCGCGCGUAUAUUUUUAUUAAAUACGCCGCACGCAAAACUGUGAUCAUAUUUAUGAGUAUUUAUAUAUUAGAUCUGUUGAUUUGGCAACUCCGGGACCGGGUCCUGGGGUUUGGUUUGAAAGGUUAAAAUAAGGAUGGUUCACCAACGUUAAUAAUAUUUAAAAGAAAUAUUUCGUCAUAAAAUUGAUCCCACUCCCCUAAAAAAAAAAACUGAUUUCUGCGUUAAUUCUGAAGGAAAGAAUUUUUUGGUGCAAAAUUCUCUGAAAUUGCUCGUUUGUACGAAAAUCUGUAUAAAAAAUAGAGUGCUCUGGAUGAAGGAUGCAUAAAAAUAUUAUUAUUACUAUUUCAUCAACAGCAAACGAAAAAAUCCUAUGAGGCUGUUGCAUCAUUGGGAUUUUUUGUUUUUUAAAUUACUAAUUUUAUUCAGAAUUAUGUUACGUAAUUACCUCAGUUUUUUCCCUUUAACUAGAAUAAUGCACUCGAAUAUUAAAUCGUUCAGAUACAUCUUUUCUCAUUCAAAUAACCUUUUGAUUUUGAGUCACACUUACAUAUUUGAUCUAUUAUUUUUUAACAUAAAAAUGUGUAGCUUUGCUCAGUGGCAUUAUCGUAACCAAUGAGGCUUAUCCGAGGUGCGAUUAUUGCUAGUUGGAAACUUUAUUGCUAGUGUAACAAAAUAGCCAUUAUUCAGAAUAACGUGUGUACAGACUUAAGGGUUGAACAAUAUAACAAUAAUAAUUAUCAACCGGAAAAUGCUGUUCCAAAAAAAAAAAAAUCCAAUUUGGUCUUAGUUUGGGUAUAAAGAGUGAAUACACGUAAAGAGCAAAAUCACUGAAUUUUGCACCCAACGUGAUUACUAUUUACGUUGCUUCUAAAUAUAAACAUUACAUUUGACAUAAAUAUACUUUAAUAUUAAAUAAGUAUUGCCCGAAAACAAAACCAAAAAAGAUUUAAGUCACAUUAGUGCAAAUUUCGCCUUAUAGUGACAAAUUUUAUUAAUUGAAACUGGAAUACACCCACUAAGAAUUGAAAAAAAAAAAAUUGCGCUGUUGCUCAUAGGAGACAAUAUGGCCGAAAACUUUGCUAAAAUAUAGUAAACAUUACUGUAAAAUGAAUCAAUCGAUUCCUUAUCCAAACAAUAUAACUUAUGAAAAAAUAAAUAAAAUAUUUAAUCACUUUAUUAAAAAAAUAAUAUUUUAUGUAGCUGUUUUCUAACAGAUUAUAACACUUGGCUCCCCUAUUGAAGGAAAAUUUGGGGACGCUUUCAAAGUUAGCUCACAAUUUAUGUAGUCUUCUAGCUACAGUCUAAAACAGACCCAAGUCGUCUAUAGUAAUUGUUCGUAAAGCUUUUAAUGAAUAUUUAUAUAACCUUUUUGCUUAAUUAUUAUUAUUACACUUUGCUUUUUUUUAAAUUUUAUGAGCAAUGAGGGAGAUAGAAUCAAUCACAUUGUUUUUUUUUUUUUUUCUAUUUUAUUGAAGAAUAAUUGCAUGAGGUUCAAAUAUUUUAAUUGAUGAUUAAUCUCCCGUUGGUCACUUUUUGUAAUAUUUUUGUUAAAUGUUUAAAUAUUAUUCUUGCUUUAGUCACUUUUUUUUUGUAUUUUAAAAAUAGAUACUUUGUGUCAGUCAUUUUUUUUUUUAAAUGAAUUAUUGACUAAAGUCAAGUUAUUAUACACAAAAUACAUAAUGUACAUUUAUUAUAAGUGUUUGGUUUAUAGAUAUUUUUUUUAUGGAUGCUUUGUUAGUUUUUUGAGGGCAUUUAAACUUCUUACUGGAACGAUAUAAAAUAAAAAGUCCCUCUGCAUAACUAUUAUAUCAAUCUAAUGCUUAAGCAAAUAAUGAUUAGACUAAUACAAUUUUUGGAAACUUAUAAUAGUAGAAUAAAUUAUUUCAUUAAAAAAAAAAAUCAAUAUUAAAAAUGUAUUUCUGAAUAAUCUUUACAUAAUAUUGGCUCUAUGGGUGAAAGGGCAUCCAUUUAUAAUAAUUAUUAGAAAUAGUUGAGAAAAAAAAAAUGUGAUUUUAGAACGCAGGAGACAAUAAAGGACUCCGCAAAAAUUAAAUUUAAACAUAUUUAUGCUAUUAUUGUCUUUAUUAUUCUGAAAUAACUGUGUCAUUCACACAUUUUUUCUUGUAUUCCUAAACAUAACCAAUUCAACUGUUCAACAAUUUUUGAAAUAUGGGCAAUGUAUACCUAUUCAAUUUAUUUUGACUGGCUAUUGAACCAAUUUAGUAGUGCAGUUGAAGAAGUUUGUUUGGUAUGAUUAUAUUCAAUAUACUUUUGAACCAUUUAGUUUUUGUUUUUUUAUUUAUAUUCCCAGCAUUUUUUCAGGUAAUUUUAACUUGAUCAUUU